AUGAGUGUGGCUUUUCUUAAUGAUACAACAGUUACAAACUUCAUCAAUGACACCAAGAUAUUUGACGAUUGUGUCAAGGAAAGUUUUAAGAAACUCGACACGGACAAUGAUGGGUUUCUCAACAUGAAUGAACUUCGGGUCGGGUUUCGGAGUCAUCCAUUAGAAUUUGAAUUAAUGGAUCCUGUGGAUGAUCUUUCUGAGGUUGUUUGUCAUAAAUUUCAAGUGGAGAAAAGUGGUGGGAUUGACGAAGAAGAGUUUAAAUCUGUAAUAAGGGAUAUUCUUCUUGCUAUGGCCCAGGGGAUUGGGAACUUUCCUCUUCAAGUUGCACUUCAACAAGAUAGCUUUCUCAUGAAGGCUGUUGAACUUGAAAAGGCCAGAGAACAAAAAUAG